AUCGAGUCGUCGCAGUCACUGCGACGAUGCGCCACGCAGAACCGUAGUUAGUACGUUACGUUCGGCCGGGACGACCGGUAGUCGACCUGUUGAGUUUGUCACAAUUUCCACUCAACAACCCCCGCCAUCGAUCGGUGCGCGUGAGUGGCGUCAAGUAGUCAAGGCCCUUAAUCCACCCCAUUCAAACACAAAAAACACACACACACUCACCACAUUCCGCAAGCAACAAAGUGAGCAGCAGCAAAUUUUUAAUGUGCUCAAUUAGAAACAACGUGAAACCAUCCCGCUAUACCAAACAUAGCGUGCGUAAGUAGUGAGUAGCGGUGGUAGAUAUGACGCACAACGGAUUAUCAAUACAGCCCCGGGAACAGAUUGUUCGCCACAAUGGCGAAGGAAUGCCCGCCAAUGGAGUGCACGCGUCGGAGGAUGCUGUUCCGAAUGAAUUCAGGAAGGGUCAAGCUCCGUGGCAUACAAAAAUAACAAACACCUCAUCCUUCGAAGCUCUGAUCAAAUUUUUGGGAGAAUUUUUCGGCACCGGAACGCUCAUGUUUCUCGGCUGCAUGGGCUGUCUCGAUGGCUUCGACAACGUGACGACCAACUUUAGCCGGGGCGUCAUAUUCGGCUUCACCGUGAUGGUGGUGAUCCUCACGUUUGGCGUAGUGUCCGGUGCACACAUUAACCCCGUCGUUUCCAUAGCUGCCUAUAUCUACGGCGAUCUAUCGUACAUGAUGAUGCUAGUGUACUUUGUCGCUCAGUUUACCGGUGCUCUGUGCGGGUACGGACUGCUGGUAGGUGUUGCUCCACAGGCUUAUUUCGAUCAAGCUCUGGUAGCCGGUCAUGGAAGCUGCGUGACGGCUCCCCAUGCCAGCCUUACGACGGGCGCCGCAUUGGCGAUAGAGUUCAUUGUUACGGGAAUUCUUAUCUGGGCUUGCUGCGGCGUGUGGGACCCACGGAACGCUAAACAUCAGGACUCGGUACCGGUAAAGUUUGCACUGCUCGUCGCGGCUAUCUCGGUUGCGGCGGGUCCAGCGACCGGCGCAAGCAUGAACCCGGCCCGCACACUGGCACCAUGCGUUUGGAACAACAGUUACCACAAAAUAUGGAUUUACUUCGUGGGUCCACCAUUGGCUGGUAUCAUAAUGCCAAUAAUAUACAAGUACGUAUUUCGAGGAACAGUAAACUGUGAUGACGAGCAAACGAACCCAGCGCCACCGCAAGCACAGGUGUGCGUUUGCGUUGUACAUAAUAAAGAAUCACACUUUGAAAAGGUCUGAAUGUUAUGCUAAAUGUAAUAAAAACUGGUUUGUAAUAAAAUUUA